AUCAAAACAUUGCAAUCGUGUGUGAUCGGUGGAUGGUGGUCCGGUCGUUAAUUUAUUAUCGCAAUAACAACAGGAAUUGUACAAUUACAAAUCGCAAAAAAAAAAAAAUUGUGAGCGCCAGUGAGUCACGUUGAUUCACCAGUAUUUGAGUGCGUGUGUGUUUAUGUCGAAAUUACCAACCAUCAUUUGAAGAAUUAGAUAGUAACACUCAAUGGAAUUCUAAUAUUCAUCAAGAAUUUUUGAAGACGAUCAAGGUCGUCUUUAAUUGGAUAUUUUUACAAAAUACUGUAAAUGCUACUAAUGUUACAAUGACUAUGGCAAAAUGGAUAUUGCCGACAUCAAAGUUAGGGUUCUUUAUGACUUUGAGUACAAAACCCGUGAAAAUAAAUGCAUUUCCAUUAAAGAAGGUGAAAAAUUACUUUUAUUAAAAAAAACUAAUAAUGAUUGGUGGCAAGUCAUACGUAGCUCGGGACGUCCAUUUUAUGUACCAGCUACAUUUGUUAAAGAAAUACCACGUGCACCUAGUAGACCAAGUUUAUCCAAGAACGAAGAGAAAAUCAAGUUUGAAAAACCUCAAGUUUUAAAAAGAACAAUUUUUGAAAAACCUUCAACUCCUUCUUACGAAAACAUUCCAAUUGAAAAUACAAAUUCACAUGAUGAAUCUGUUGAAUACGAAAAUCUUGUUGAUGAUGUCAUUAGUAACAUUAAACGAGUAGACAUCCAAAAUGAAAAUAAUAUCUUAUCGCCAAUACGAAAUAGAAAAAAUAAAACAAUUGUCACAUUAAAUCAAGAAAAUUCUGGUUAUUGUCAAGUUAAUGUUAAAAAAUGUGAUUCUAAACAGCAAUUAUCUUUACAGUUAUCAAGUUCUUUAGAAGAACUCGCUCAAGAAAUUGAACUAAAAUCAAUGCCUUUGAACAAAAAUUCCUUAGGUAAAAAUUCAUUAAAUGCUGAAAGUUAUUCAAAAGUACAAAAUUUACUGGGAAAUAUCCGUAAGCCGUCCACUGUAUCUUCUAAAAAUUUGACUGAAAUUGAAAAACCCAGCUUAGAAAUUCAAAAUUCAUUACAUAAAAAUAAACUUUGUUAUACUGGUAGUUUUAAAACCAAACAUGAGCGUGAUAAAUGGGCAAAAAAUAUUAUGACUAAUAGUAAUAUUAUUGAAGAGCAUAAACCAGAUGAUGAAGAAUCAAUGACUAUGAUGAGUGAUUCAAUUAUGUCAAAAUCAACAUCAACCCCUGAUGCUCACAGUACUAGCGCAGACCUUACAGGUGGAUCAACUGAUAGCCUAUUAGAUGGUGACUCAAUAGGUAUUACAGAUAGUGACCAAGACUCAUUAAGAUUACAUGGAUCUAAAAAACGUACAUCUUUAGCCCGAAAUCGUAGAGUCGAGUCGUAUACCAAACGUUAUCCUCUGAGAAAUUCGUCUCCGCCGGUACCCGACUCGAGUGCUUCACACGACCAAGGCGAACACGUGUAUGGCUCUUGGUACAAAUAUUCCACCGAUGACGGCUCUGGCGGUAGCCGACCGUUUUACUACAACACCAAGACGUACGAACGCACUUGGUCUUCGCCGAAACGCCGUUGUGUCGUUGACGAUGACAAAGGAAAUACAAGUCGCCAUAGCAGUGCAAAUGCUUUGAAUUCUGGCAGCCAAAGUUCUUCGCCCUUAGCCGAAUUGGACGUAGAGUAUGAGCCAAAUGAUAAUUGCACACCGGCUCCCAAAACAAACGCCAAGAAGUCUAUCAAUGACGCACCAGUGGGAUGGAUAAUGCAAGCAGAUCCUUCCACCGGAUUGCCGUGUUUCGUCAAUCAAUCGACGGGUGCCAAGUGGUUUACUUCAAAAGACUUCGAAGGCAGAUCUUAUUACUUCGAAGAAAACAGUAAUGAGUCAUCUUGGAACUUACCUGAGGCUAGUGCGAGCAGUAAUAACAAUACGACCACCACAAAUGAUCAGAGUCCACUUACUCUUAGUAAAUUAGAUUUGGAAGACACAUCAUCAUCUCUACUAUCCAAUAAGAGUAGUCGUGAUAAAAAAGAUGCCGACUCAAUAAGCCCCUUGUCAACACCACAAUGUACUGCGCCACGAAAUUGGCCUCAAUUAUGGGGUGGUCACAUGUGCAUAUUAAAAGAAGGUCCAUUGAGUCGUACUAAGAUAACUGAAAAUGGUAAGCGCCUCAGAAAACACUGGACAACAUCACAUGUCAUACUUACUGAAUUGUUUAUGUUGUUUUUCAAAGAUGCUAAAUCAUUUUCAGCAAUGAAAAAUGGCAGUGGGCGACCAGAACUAUCUGUCGAUCUUAAUGGUGCUUUGGUUUAUCCUGCUGAUAAAGUAUCAAGUCGAAAAAAUGUUUAUGUUAUAAGUACUGUAUUAGGAACUCAAGUUUUAUUUCAAGAUGAAAAUAAUACUCAAGCCCAAUCAUGGGUUAGCACAAUACAAGCUGCUAUAUCUAAUCUUCCAAGUAGUUUUGAUGCUUGUCCACGAAUACCUAGUGCUCGAUCAAAUGAAUCGCCUGAAACUGAAAAAAGCAUUAAACUUAAUAGAAACAAGUCCCUAAAAUUAAAAUUAAAAGAUGGAGGUAGUGUGGAAGAUUUAACUUCAAACAAUGCAGAAAGACAAACUAAAAUAAAAGCUCGGCUACGUAAGUUCUUUCAUCGGCGUCCAACAAUGGAAUCAUUGGUCAAAAAAGGCAUUUGGAAAGAUGAACCUGCUUUUGGAUGUUUUCUUGAACAUGUUGUGGGUACGGAACAUCCACGUAUUCCAGCCUUUGUUAAACGUUGUAUCAAUGCAAUUGAGAGUAGUGAAGAAAACCUUAAAACUGACGGAUUAUAUCGUGCUUCUGGUAACUUGUCGCAAGUACAAAAAAUACGGUUACAAGUUGAUCAAAAUAAUUUGUCAGUAAUAGAUCAAGAAGAAGAUGUCCAUGUAUUGACGGGGGCUUUAAAAUUGUUCUUUAGGGAACUUAAAGAACCUUUGAUACCUUACCAUGUUCUUCGUAAAGCUAUUUCAGCUGGAACAAAUCAUAGUCGGAAGGACAAAUUAUUACAUUUUCGUGAUAUUACCAAAUCAUUGCCUGCAGCAAAUUAUGAUACAUUGAAAUUUUUAUUAAAACACUUACUUAAGGUGACAAGUUACAAAGAAUUUAAUCGUAUGCAAAUACCAAAUUUAGCUAUUGUUUUUGGUCCAACUCUAAUGUGGCCUGAAACGGAAUCUACCAAUAUGGCUAUUGACUUGAUGCAACAAAAUAUGGUUAUAGAAGCUUUAUUAGUUGAUUUUGAUAAUAUUUUUAGAUGAAAAAAUUAAACAAUUUUAUUUUUAAACCAUACAUUCCAAAAAAUCUAUUCUCCUAUUAAUUUUUUUUAAGUUAUACAUUUUGACUAAUAACAAGACAAUACUUAAGACUGACACAACUUUAACAUUUAGUGCAGGUAUAUUGUUGGGUAUUUAAAAUAUACAUAUAAUGUAUAUUUUUAAAAUGUAUUAUUAAA